AUGAAUACAUUUUUGUUGCUAUUAUGUUUUGUUGCUACUGUUAACACGGAGCCUAUAAAAUACAUGCGGGAUUUACUGAAAAAUAACACACAUAAGACACGACGGAUACUAGACGGGAAAGAAGUCGGUGAAACAAGACCUUAUAUGGUAUAUCUAAGACCAGGUUCGUCGUCCGAUCCUAAUGUACAAGAUAACAAUUGGUUAUGUGGCGGUGUUAUAGUCCACGAACGUUACAUAAUCACGUCUGCAGCUUGUAUAGAAGACGUAAAACAAUUUUACGUGGUCUCUGGAAUGCAUAGAGACAUAGCCGUCGUUAAAGUGGAGGACAGUUUCAACUUUAAGAGACGUGUUAGAGGCUGUGAUUUCAUCCCAAGUAAGAUAGCCUAUAACAACAUCAGUGAAGAGUUGGAGAAGGCAGGCACGAUAGGCUCUAUUGCUGGCUGGGGAUCGACGGAAAACUUUGUAGAUGUUCUUGAUGUAGGAAGAGCCACAGUGAAUUCCCCAGAAUUGUUAGAAGCGGAUGUGGUGUUGCUAUCAAAGAAGAACUGUAAGAACAGAUGGGAUCCUCGGUAUCAUAGCGUCAUAGACGAGCAUAUGAUAUGCGCUAAAGAUAAUAUGGACAUGGAUUCUAUGAGCGUUUUAUGUACUGCACAGGAGGUGAACUGCACCGAACUUAUAUAUUCUGAUGAAGACGAUCAAGAAGAAACAAGACGUUUUGUGGUAAAUCCUAAAAAUACAUUAGUGCACACGUCCACGUGUAGGAGGUUACUGCGUGCGACUAAGACUCAAAUAGCAGAGACAGUAUUCGACUGGUCAAUCAGAUCUCAUAAUUCCUCAACAACUGAUGUAACACAUGAUGUCACCAGAAACAACAAUGUGAUAACACUCCAUGUAGCUACUGAAUUACCAGCAGAUGUCCAAGAAAAGUUGAAGAAAACGAAUGUUACUGAAAUUAGAGACCUCCUUAACAAUAGCAGAAGGAUAAUCAUGGGUACAGAAGCACAUGCUAGUAGACCUUAUAUGGUAUAUUUACGACUGCCCCAAAGUAAUCCAAAGUACAAAGAUUAUCGCUCAUGGCUUUGCGGUGGGGUAAUAGUACACGAAGAAUACAUUCUCACAUCUGCAGCUUGUAUUGAGGAUGCUAAAUAUUUUUAUGUAGUAUCUGGCACAUUCAGAUAUAACGCAGAAGAAGACAAUUACAAUAAUCCGUGCAUAAAAAAUGGUGCAAAGAAAGCCAUUUGGAAAUGCAUUCCAAGAAAUUACAUUUUCGAUGGUCAUGAAAACGACAAUAUUCGUUGGAUGAACAACGACAUAGCAGUUGUUAAAGUUGAAGACGAAUUUGAUUUUACGCGACGAAUAAGAGGCUGUUCCUUUAUACCUAAACCUAUAUGCUAUAAUAACCAAUCAGAUAGAUUAGAAAGCCCCGGUACUGUAGCGUCAAUAGCAGGAUGGGGUAGUAUGGAGAGAUACAAUGAAGAGAAUAAUGUACAAGAUCUCAUAGAGUCUGAUGUCACGAUCAUUUCUAAAAACAGAUGCAAGAGACGUUGGGGUUUUUCAGGUAUAGAAGCUAUAGAAGUAGCAACUGAACUUCCUAAAAAGGUAGAGGUAAUUCUAAAUGAAACGAGACGUAUCAUCAAUGGAGAUGAAGUCACUGAUGGUCGACCCUAUAUGGUCUACCUGAAACUACCUAGAAGUAACAGGAAACAACCAAAUUAUCGCACAUGGUUAUGUGGAGGUGUCAUAAUACAUGAAGAGUAUAUUCUAACUUCUGCCGCAUGUAUUGAAGACGCUGAACAUUUCUACGUAGUAUCUGGAACUUACAAAUAUGCUGACGAUGAUGAUCGAUAUAAUAAUCCAUGCAUCAAAAAUGGCGCUAAGAAAGCCAUCUGGAAGUGUGUUCCUAAAAAUUAUGUCUUCGAUGGUCACGAGAAUGAUAAUAUUAGAUGGAUGAACAACGAUAUCGCUGUAGUAAAAGUGGAAGAUGGAUUCGAUUUCACCAGAAGAAUCAGAGGUUGUGCAUUUGUGCCAAAACCCAUUUGUUACAACAACCAAAGUCAAACAUUGGAGAAUCCAGGGUCUGUUGUAUCAAUUUCUGGUUGGGGCACCACUUCCCGAUAUAACGAUUGGGUGAACAGAAGAAAAGAUAACCAACAAAAUCUGCUUGAAGCUCAAGUGGAAAUCAUUACCAAGGGCAAAUGCAAGAGACGAUGGGGAUCCCGCUACCACAACAUUAUUGACAACUAUAUGAUUUGCACAAAAGACAUUGGCCAAACUAUGUCCGAAAUAUGUAACGAAAAAUACGUUGACUGUCAAGAUAUAAACUACUCUGAAGAAGAUGACCUGAGGAGAGACACACACGUGUUGAAGACCGAAAAAAUACCUACAAAUCUCAGACUGCAUUCUGCAUACCACAAUGAAACGAUAGGAAACGCAACUAUUAAUAGAAGAACUAAUCCCCAUAUAGACGGAGGAUUUUGUGAGAACGAUCAUGGUGGUCCACUCGUUUACGGGGGUGGAGUCAAUGCUAUUGUUAUUGGAAUUAUAUCUGCAUGCCUUGUCAAGGAGAGAACUAAUAAAUGUUAUGGGCCAUUCCUUUAUACAAGCGUCUACAAGAACCGUCAGUUCAUCUCAUGCGCUCUUUAUAAGGAAGUUGAGCCUGCGAAAAAUGAAAUAGAUGCCACUAUACCACCCGUUGUCAACCCAGAGGUUGUAAAUCGAGCUCAUGAGACGACAGUGGAUGCUUCUGGCGACAAAGUAUUUUCCGGCAGUGGUUUUAUACUUCGUGCAGCCAAUGAGACAUCAGUUUUAACAAAUACUAAUAGUACAACGGUGUAA